CAUCCUUGCCUCCAGUACUGUCGUCGUGGUCGCGGUGCUCAUGUGUACCAUCAAAACCGAGUCAAGUGUACUAUCGUGUUUUACUGUAGCAGUAGAGAUUAAGGAUGAUCUAGAUCUUCGUCUUUGUUUUAUGUACGUUGUAAGUACUAGGACGACUGAAUGUAAAAAACGAAAGUCGUGCAGCGAGUAA